UUUCAACUCAGACGGAACGCACGGUUGGGCGGACUCAGUUUGAAAUAAUUCAAAAGUACAAGCACACGCAAACAUCGUCGUCGAUCUUUGUAUAUAAAAACAUUAACGCUAAACAAACAAACUUUUCAGAAACGAAAUAAAUUUUUAAUCAAAUAACCGCAGCAGAAACAAAGGCUUUCAAAAAGCGAAACGAUUCCACCGAGGUGAACAAAGCGAAAUUGCAAUUUUAGUGAGUGCCACUACAUCAGUGUAUCAGUUCGUCAGUCUGUCACUUCGUCAGUUCAUCAGUGAGUGUGUGCUAGUGAGUGUGAACUCUGUGGCAAAGGUCAGAACUCAUAUGAAAAUGUCGAGCGGCAACCAAGAAGCAAUGUCAACAAAAGCAGCAGUCACCGCCGUGGACGAGGACAAGGCCUCGCCAGUGCAUCCAGCAUCCUCAUCGGCUCCGGGAUCGAUCCCCGCCAGCUCCCAUGUGAAAGCCCUGGCCAUCCUGGUGGCCAUCGUCCUGUGCAGCGGCAGCCUGGGACUCGCCGACGGGUUGAAGUGCCACAUGUGCGGACAGUACAACGAGGGCGUGGGCUCCAUCACGCCCUGCACCAACUACACCAAGGAUAUCGCCCAUCUCUACUUGAAGGAGUGCACCAAGAAGAGCGAGAAGUUCUGCGUGAAAUACGUUAGUGAGCUGUCGACUGUUCGCGAUUGUGCCACUGAAUGUCAGGAGAAAGAAAUUUGGGAGACACAAACGUACUGCUGCACCGAGGACGGAUGUAAUUCCGGUACCCAUUUGGCAUACUCUGUCAUCUUGUUGACCCUGCCCAUAAUUUCAAUGGCCUGGCCCUCAAUCUUCGAUCUUUGGAAUCCGCGACGUUAAGUGGGUCUUGAGAUGAUCCCAUUGCUAUUUGCAUGAUUCUUUCUUUGCUUUUCUUUUGUUUUAUUUAGCAGCAAGAAAAUUGUAUAAAAUUUCAGCCGUUAUCAUUUAUUUUUAGUUCUUAAAAGUAUUAAAGAUACAAACAAAAUUCUGUGAACGGGACCUAAUCAAACUAAGAAGCGAUAACGCAAAGUUACACGAAAAUUAACCAUUUGAACCCUUUCUUUUCUGUAAUUUGUAAACUCAUGCGAUUUCGGCUUAAGUACGUAUAAAAUAUAUAAAAUCUCACAACAUAUUUGCUAUUUAUAUUUUGAGGCUUUGUAUUUCUGACUGUCUUCCCAAAGAACACAAAUCGUGUUGGUAAACGAUAACAAAGGGUGUAGGAACAUUCCAAAAGCUUAACUAAUUCAUAUUCACAAAAAAUAACAAUUGCAAUGACAAAUUACUACUUAAAUCGUGUUAAAAAUAUUAAAAAAACAAAUAAACGCAAAACGCAUUAUUAAAGUAAACAAAACAUAGUAUACAUAAGUUUAUGCCAGCUGUCAAAAGUACAUAAGAAAUCGCAAUCAUAUUGAGAAGACGAAAAAAUAAAUUAAUAUCGCCGAAUUCGAGUUGAUGCAUUUCAUGAACAUACUAUUUAAAGUACACCUAAGGUUAAAAAACAAAAGUAGAAAUUAAAUACUUAGGAUCCCAAAUCCUGCGUCACUUGAACAAAAAUCAGUUUUCAAGAUAAGCUUGAGAUAGUGGUUUUUUAUAGUUUGCACAUAGGACCACAAAUAUUACGCAAAUGUCAAAGUCACAGUGAGUUUAUUUUGGGGUCUGUGAUUUUGCACUUUGGAACAGUAAUAUUUGCUGGAAAUCUAUCCAUUAUAUGUUGUUCCGUAAGCUAAAAAAGCCUAGUAAGAAAUUGUUGUUUUCUGUUCGAAUAAAAAGCCAAAUCAAUGUUUGUUAAAUACACAUGUGAACGUAAUCUUAAGGUCGAACGAAUUAUGAUAUAGAAGCGAACACUAAAGAAAAUCGAAAAAGUUUUCACUCCACUGUUCAUGAGAUUCUAAAUUAAAUAUUAAAACUAGAACAACAAAAUGAUAAAAAACAAAUUGAUAUUCACGAAUAAAAUACUUGUAGCAAAGUCUAGCUCAGAUAAAAAACCAUUCGGCAUAACGUAGGUAAAAAACUAAUUAAUAGAAAUAUUUAGAAUUAUCGAGAGUUUAGUGAAACCAAGUGAAUUACCAUUAAAAUUCUAUACGAUUUUCUUAUAGAGCACUUACGCGAUUCCAUUUUUAAUUAUUUACAAUAAUAAUAUUUUGAACGAUUAAUACUUAUAGACAUAUAUGAUGAACAAGUCAUACGAUAUAUACCUACAACAACAUAGAGUUUAGGUCUAAGCGCUUUCACUAUAUUAAAACAAACGAAACGUGUGAAAUAUGCAAAACGAGAAACGAUUAUACAUAUACAGAUGUUAAAAGUUAGUUCCUCAAUACCAAAGCAGCUUGUAUACUCGUGUUUAAAGCUCUCAUUUGAAUAAUUUGAAUAUGAUUAGAAUCUCCCACUUAAUAUAACGUGUAAAUCGGAUUUUCAUUUAAUUAUAUUAUAGCCACAAAUUUUCUCUGACAUAUUCGGCAAAUAAAAUGUCAACCGAUCUGUCUGCUUUGGCCACAUUUAAUGCAAUCGUUUAAUUUUACAUUCUCAUCGAACGCAAAACGAGAAAUGAGAAAAUUCCAAUUGCAAUUACAACACUAAUAAUAAUUGUAUGUAUAUGGUAUAUGUAUUUCCAAUAAAAUUUUAAUUUAAAUUUUUAGUAAUGAACUUCAAUAAAACAGGCAAAAAAAGUAAA